AUGUCAAGGGAGGCGCCACCGCUUAUGCGAAAGCUUCUGAUCGGUCAGCUAGACAGGCUCCAGUAUGGUUUUACUACCUCGAGCGAGGGGGCUUUGGUUCACAGUGUCCUAUUUCUGCCCCGCCGCCAACUCCUAUUCUCAUUGGUUUGGCUUCAGGGGUACGCUGUUGAAGCUUCAAGGCCGCAGUCUCCUGCUUCCUCUUUCUUACUGGAUGAUGGCACUGGUUCGAUUUUGGUCACAAUCCGUCCAGACACGGAUCUACCUCCCGUCGGCACCUAUGUUUCAGUUGUUGGAGAGCUCGAACGAGCAUCCGUCAGUCCUCAGGAUUCCCUUGCUGAACGCUCGCCCUCUUUGACCGCGUGGCGUUUGGCCGCUCGUACCGUCAUGUGUCUCUCGCUUGCGGAUAAGUGCUUUUCCGGCGACGACAAUUCCGUCCAAAAACGUGCUCCCUCCUCGGCCUACGCUGAACUUGCCUGGCCGAUGGAAGUUAUGGACAUGAGCCAGACAUUUUUUACUCCUGUUUAG